GGUCGUUUGGAAGUUGGGAUUCUCGAAAUUGAUGUAUUUAAUCAAUUUGUGCAUUUUAAUUUGAUGCAUUGGUUAAAUGUAUGAAUUUGGACAAUACGGAAAAUUUAAAUUGUGUUUUUUUGUUAUAAAGAAAAGUUGGGUAGAUAAUCCAUUGUCAUCAAUUGGGCUUAGAUUUGGGCUCCCAUCUUGUUCGACCACGCUAAACCAAAUAAUUUAGCUUGGCCCACUAACUCUUGUUCUGAUUCCAGCCUGUUGUCUCUCUCCCACUCUAACUUUCCUCUCUGUCUUCCGAUCUUCGCUGGAGGAAGAAGAAACAAAUACACCCGAAAGCCCCGUUAACUCCGAAAUUGAACCCAACCGGAUCAACAAAAACUUGCAGCUUUGCCAAACGCAAGUAAUGGCGACUGCAAUAUUUCAACCCAUCCGGAUUCUCAUCCUUGCUCUUGCUCUGUCCUCGUCGCUGUGGAUCGUGACUUCGGAAGACACAAACCGCGUCUUUUCGCCCUGCGCCGACACCAAGGUCCAGUUGUCCGACGGCUACACCUUCGGGAUCGUCUUCGCCUCCAGGAACGCCUUCUACAACAACGGCAACACCAGUGGAACCCAGUUGUCCCCCUGCGAUAGCCGGCUCGGUCUCUCCGGCCAAAAUGCUCAGCUCUCCGUCUUCAGGCCCAAAGUCGACGAGAUCUCUAUUCUCACCGUUAAUACCUCUUCCUUCUCUCCGGACAACGUUGGUGGAUACAUGGUUGCAUUUGGUGGCCGAAAAUACGCUGCAAGGUCUCUACCCGCUUUUGUUGCUAACGGCACAUACACUGUGACAAGUUUUACUCUGGUACUCGAAUUCCAGAAGGGUAGGCUGCAAAACCUCUUCUGGAAAAGAGAUGGUUGUGCUAAAUGUGGUGGCCCAAGUGGGCAGGGGAUGGUCUGCCUCAACAAUCAGGAUUGUGCAAUCAGAACUUCCAGCUGCAAGAACCAUGGAGGUAACGUCGACUGCAGCAUCGGGAUCCAGCUCGCUUUCUCCGGCACCGACAAGCACUACUCAGCCCUCAACUCCUGGUACGAAGUCGAGAAUUUGAGACAGUACUCCCUUUUCAAGCUCUACUCGAAUCUUAGGGAUUCCUUAACUAGCCAGUACGACUCCAUCUUUAACUAGCCAGUGGGUAGAAAACAAACACGGAAUCUUUCUAGUUCUUUUUUCUUGUUUGGGAAAAUGAUUCUGCUUUAUGUUUAUGGUUUCUUUCCAUGUGUGUUGUAAUAUGUGUUCAGAGUUCCCAGAUGGUUUCUGACAGUUCAUUUUGUAAACUACCUCGACCGGCGGCCGAAAGCUAGUAAUUAAUUAUCAGAUCCAGGAGAUGCCAUCUUCCAUUGCAUUUAUCAAUUUGUUCGGUAAACAAACUCGUAAAUUAUUU